AUGCUGCAGUACUAUGACAUCAGAAAAAAGUGUGAGGGGAGCCUUUGCUAUGAUUUUUCAAACAUGGAGAAGUUACUCAACCAAAAAUCUGUUAGGGAUUCACUAGGGGUUGGGAAAAUUCAUUUUGUUUCUUGUAGCACUGAAGUUUAUCUGGCUAUGUUGGUGGAUUGGAUGAGGAAUCUUGAAGUUGGUAUUCCUGCCCUUCUUGAGGAUGGAAUCAAUUUGCUUAUUUACGCUGGGGAAUAUGAUCUAAUCUGCAACUGGCUUGGUAAUUCAAGAUGGGUUCAUGCCAUGGAAUGGUCUGGUAAGAGAGAAUUUACAACCUCACUUGAAGUUCCUUUUGUUGUUGAUGGAUCAGAAGCCGGAUUAUUGAAGAGCUAUGGACCUCUAAGUUUCCUUAAGGUCCAUGAUGCGGGCCACAUGGUUCCAAUGGACCAACCCAAGGCUGCAUUAGAGAUGCUAAAGAAAUGGACUAAUGGAACCCUUGCUGAAUCUGGACCUCAUAAGGAAAAAUUGGUUGCUGAGAUGUGA